CAAGGGCCAAGGUGAUGACGCAGUAUCAUUUUUCAUUCCUCACAACUGUAAGUACCCUAUUGUUGAUUCUACUUCGAUGCUCUCAACCCUAUCUAUCUUCUAAAGGGGAUCAAUCGCAGUCCGACAAUGGCCUCCGCAGCCGUAUCCAGAAUUAUCUUAAUCGGACAUCUGCAACACCAAAUGCACCUAUCACACUCGCCAAUGCUGCCACCCUGCUUCAGGACCUCGCGGCAGCCCAAAUCUCUUCUCACACUCUACCCGACUCGUCAACUAGCCAAGCGAAGGUGAAGACUAGGAAAGUCGGUACCAGACCGCGCCAUAGUAAUGCUUCGCUUGUGUAUGCUCCGACCUGAAUGUCGCAAUGCAGAAUACCUUCCAGUGACAUUGCUGGAAGGACAGAAUAUCUAGUAUUGUGGUUGUUAAUUCAUAAUAUGCCAUCUAAACCUUAGGAUCACAUACUUUAUGCCGCGAAUAAAGAAGUCGCGACGCCGGGC